GAUGUUAGUAGAUGAGAAUAUUUCUGACGAAGUUGAAGGAUCUCCAGAGAAGAUGUCCUGUCAGAACUUGAAAGUCCUACUAAAUGAAGCUGAAAGUAUGAAUAGCAAUUUGAAGCACCAACUCCAAGAACUAUCAGAUGCUAAAUUGAGUCUUGAUAUUGAAGUUGAAGAGAAAAAUAUGCUGAAGAAACAGAUGGCUGUGCUACAGGCAUCACAGAAAGAGGAACUAGAAAGACUGAAAGAAGAACUCUGUAAGCUGACAGAAAAGUUAAAAAGGAAGCAAGAAAGCUUUAUACAGCUACAAGAAGAAAAAGAAAUCCUUUACAUUGAAAACAGGAAAGCAUACGACUCACUUCAAGCAGUGAAAGACAAGGAGAUUCAGCAGCUGCAGGAUAUGGUUCAGCGUCUCCAGUCACAAUUAAACACAUCCUUUCAAAACCUGGAGGAUAUUAGGACCAAAGCCAAUAGCAGGGUACAGGAGCUAGAGCAUCUGAUAACCUGUUUACAAGAUCAGGGACUAGGUGGCAAUUUCACAGAGCACGUGACCAUGUCUAAAUGCCUUUCCAAAGUACUGUACAGUUCCUCGAAAAUCCAGCCUAGCCAGGUUCGUACUCAGUCUCCUGAGAUAAUUGAAGAGUUACAGACUGAGAAGAGUUUGCUAGAGUCGUCACUGGCUGAGUCGCAGCAGUUGAUGGAAGAGCUUCGGAAGGAAAAUGAAAAUUUGAGUUAUCAACUAAAGGAAUCUCAGAUCCAAGUUGAAAAUCUUCUGCGGGAGCUUGAUAAAGCCUUAGAUGAGAAGAAUAAAGCUGAAACAAGUUGUACUGAAUCUCACAAGGUUGGUAAUGUUUUAAACAGUUCAGCUACUCGUACGGAGUAUUGUAGUGAAUCUCACAAGGUUGGUAAUGUUUUAAACAGUUCAGUUACUCGUACAGAGUAUUGUAGUGAAUCUCACAAGGUUGAUAAUGUUUUAAACAGUUCAGCUACUCGUACAGAGUAUUGUAGUGAAUCUCACAAGGUUGGUAAUGUUUUAAACAGUUCAGCUACUCGUACAGAGUUUUGUAGUGAAUCUCACAAGGUUGAUAAUGUUUUAAACAGUUCAGCUACUCGUACAGAGUAUUGUAGUGAAUCUCACAAGGUUGGUAAUGUUUUAAACAGUUCAGCUACUCGUACGGAGUAUUGUAGUGAAUCGCACAAGGUUGGUAAUGUUUUAAACAGUUCAGUUACUUGUACAGAGUAUUGUAGUGAAUCUUUCAAGGUUGGUAAUGUUUUAAACAGUUCAGCUACUUGUACAGAGUAUUGUAGUGAAUCUUUCAAG